AUGUCAGACAGUGUCUACCACAACGGUACAGGAUUUGACACUGCUUUGCAAAAUUUGUUAGACUCUCUAGAUCAAGUAUGUGAAAAAGUUGAUACACCUGUUGAAGAUCACCUGUUUUUAUCACAAUUACUACAAAACAGAAAUUUACAGUCAUUAAUCACAGUUCAUAAUAAAAUUAACAAUCAAAAUGUACAGCCUUCUUAUCAAGAUGUAUGCAGGCUUGCCAAAGAUGUAAAUGAGUUAUUAACGCUUGCUAGAUCUCCAGAAGCCAUUGAAUUAACUAAAUUGCUUUUGAAGCCCCAUUUGAAGGCUCUCUUUCAAACACAUGACCAGGUGGCUAGGAAAGACUUCCUUCCAGCUUUACCCGAUGUGCCUUUUGAAGUUGAUGAGGAUGAUGAAAGUGUUAAAGUUGUACAGUUAAUAAAAAAUACUGAGCCUCUAGGUGCCACUAUAAAAAUCGAUGAAGCAUCUGAUGCCGUGGUUGUAUCUCGAAUAGUCAGAGGAAGUGUAGCAGACCGCAGUGGCCUUAUAAAUGUAGGCGAUGAACUUAGAGAAGUAAAUGGAGUUAGAGUAAAAGGCAAAAGCCCAUUAGAUAUUCUUGCAAUUCUGGAGCAAUGUCGGGAAGGUACAAUUACCUUCAAGCUGAUACCUGGUGUGCCACCCAAGCAUGCUCCUUCGGAUAUAGUGCGUGCUAAUUUUUGUUAUGAUCCUAUGCUGGACUCUCUAAAUCCCAAGCCUGAUUCUGGUCUCGCUUACAUAAGGGGAGACAUAUUGCACAUAGUGAGUCGACAAGAUCCAGAUUGGUGGCAAGCGCAUUUCGAUAAUGAUACAAGAAUCGGAAUCAUACCUAGUCCAACCCUCCAGAAAAGGCGUCUUUCAGCAUUUCAAAAUGGUGCUCAUUUUCAGAAAGGUGAAAAUAACUCUCAUGAUUACUUUGAUCCCGAUUUCAAGGAUGUUCAAGUAUAUGAAGAAGUUGCUUUGCUUCAACCUGUUCCUGGUACAUAUAGGCCCAUUGUGCUUAUUGGUGCCCCUGGAGUUGGCCGUAAUGAAUUAAAGCAGCGGCUAAUUUCUUAUGAUCCUGUACAUUAUAAAACAACAAUACCACAUACUAGUAGGCUACCAAAACAUUGGGAAGAAGAAGGAAAAGAAUAUUAUUUUGUCUCUCGCGAAGUCAUGGAAGAUGGCAUUCGUGAAGGGAAAUUUGUUGAAUAUGGUGAAUACCGUGGAAACCUGUAUGGAACAAGUUUAGAAUCUGUUACAACAAUCGUGAGAUCUGGCCGGGUUUGCAUUUUGAAUCCCCACCCUCAGGCCUUAAAGUUGCUAUGCACUGCAGAAUUGAAGCCUUAUAUUGUAUUUGUUAAACCUCCACCUUUUGAACUUCUCAAGGAAACUAGAAAUUCUGCUCAGUCCUCUUUCGAUGAAAACUAUUCAAGAGGUUUUACAGAUAAAGAGUUACAAGACAUCGUUGACAGUAGUUGGAAUAUAGAAAGGGUUUAUGGACAUCGAUUUAACUCCACAUUAGUGAAUGAAGAAAUUAAUAAAUCAUUUAAAGAACUCCUUACUAUAGUAAAAAGAGUUGAAACAGAGCCUCAGUGGGCUCCAACGAGUUGGGUGCUAACUCCAUAG